CUUUCGUGGCGACCCUUUUGAAACCUGGUUCUUCGAGGCCAGGCCCUGUAAUGACCUCCACCCUGCCUUCGUUGCCCUAAAAUCUCCAUUUCAAAUUCCCAUCUUAGGUUUUUACAAGAGAUUCAAAGUUUCUUUUAAGGUUUUCACGAGAGAUCUUUAGGCCUUUUGCUCACUAUUUUAGGGCUCUCUUACGGAGGAUUUGUAAGGUUUCAUCGACGAUUUAGGGUCUUUUUUUCUAGGGUUUGGUCUCCUCUUUCGAGAGAUUUGUAGGAUUUUUUUGGGAAUCAAUCAAAUAAUGAUGCAGUCCACACCAGGAGCUGGCCCUGUCGUUAUGGAUCCUCAGCAGCAACAACAACAACAAUGGAUGGCUAUGCAAAUGCAGCAGCCUUACCCUGCAGCAAUGGUGGUUCCACACCAGAUGAUGCAUCAACAACCUUACCAGCACUAUCCUCAACACUUCCUGCCAUAUCCUCAACCUCAGCCACAGCCUCAACAACAACAGCAGCAAGCUCAGUCCUCGGAAGAAAAUAAGAGUCUCUGGGUUGGGGAUCUUCAGUAUUGGAUGGAUGAGAAUUACCUGAACUCCUGCUUUGGCCACACUGGAGAGGUGGUAUCUCUAAAAGUUAUUCGGAAUAAGCAAACGGGCCAGUCAGAAGGUUAUGGAUUCGUGGAGUUUGUUUCUCGUGCAGCUGCUGAGAAAAUUCUUCAAAAUUACAACGGUGGUAUGAUGCCUAGUACAGAUCAGGCCUUUCGACUGAAUUGGGCAACAUUUAGCAUGGGUGAUCGACGUUCUGAUAUGGGUUCAGAUCACUCUAUAUUUGUUGGUGAUCUGGCUUCUGAUGUUACUGAUGCUUUACUGCAAGAGACUUUUGCAAGCAGAUAUUCAUCCGUAAAAGGCGCAAAGGUUGUCUUUGAUGCCAACACUGGCCGUUCAAAAGGCUAUGGUUUUGUACGAUUUGGUGAUGAUAGUGAGAGGCUGCGAGCUAUGACUGAAAUGAAUGGACUUUACUGUUCCAGUAGGCCCAUGCGUAUUGGGGUCGCUACCCCUAGGAAAUCCACUCAACAACAAUAUGUAUCUCAAGGUGGCUUUCCAUCCAAUGGUCAAAACUUCCAGUCCGAGGGUGAUUCAAACAACACGACAAUAUUUGUUGGAGGACUUGACUCAAGUGUUACUGAGGACGAUCUUAGAGAAGCUUUUUCUAAAUAUGGUGAUAUUGCCUCAGUAAAGAUACCAGUUAAUAAGGGGUGUGGCUUUGUGCAAUUCGCCAAUAGGAGUAAUGCUGAGGAGGCAUUGCAAGGGUUGAAUGGCACCGUCAUUGGGAAGGUGACAAUUCGCCUUUCUUGGGGUCGCAAUCCCGGGAAUAAGCAGCCUAGGGCAGAUGCUGCAAAUCAAUGGAAUGGGUCUUACUAUGGAGGGCAGGUUUAUGAUGGCUAUGGUUAUGCUGCCCAGCCUCAAGAUCCGGCCGUGUAUGCAGCUUAUGGAACCUACCCUGUUUAUGGGAACCACCAGCAACAGGUAAGCUAGUAGUUCUGAACAAGCACUUCUAUUGAGCUGUAGAAGAUAGGAAGAUUGUCAUGCUACAUGGACAUGGUAGCCAUAUUUAAGUAGUGGUGGCAGUGUAUUAUCGUCUAGAGCUAUGGUAAAAAAAACUGAUUAGCGUCCUGAGAGAGUUUAGAAUGGUUUGGACAUUUUUCUUAUGAACUGGCCUUGUACUUUCUUGCUACUGAGGCUCGCAAAGGCUUUGCCAGUUGUGAGUAGAGAGAAUUUUUGUGUGCAAUUCGUCUUUAGCUUUUGUUGCAUAUGGUCCAUCCACACACUGGUCUGUGUUUGCUUGUUUUCCUUGGAUUAUGCAUAUUAUGGGCAUGGUUUGUAAAUUUGAAGGAGACAAGUGGGUUGGGUUAAUGGUUCAGGUAGCUCCUAUUGUUGGUCGGAA